CAGCUGAAGUCUUGCGUAUUGCGUAUUGUUGCUGCGUAUUAGCCCGCAAGCGGGCGGGCGCUGGCGCUGUCAUCCCCAGUCGCCCCAGUUCACCCCACAAGUCCCCCGCGUAGUGCCCUCGCACUCCCCUCAUGCCUCUUGCUUAACAAUCAACGCUCAUACACUGAUGCUGAGCCAUCCGCUGCACUUGAAAAUGAAGCGUGGCUAAGACAUGCCAGAGAUGUUGACAACAUUUUGUGAAGUUAGGUGCUUGCGUAUUGCGCAUCCGACAAAAUCAUCCCCGAUACACACGCUGCGUAUUGCGUACGCACAGAUGGUUACGCAACACGCAUGGGGCUGGAAUGAAUACGCGCCCAACCCUUGGCCUCCCCGGUUGCAUGGCGGCAUGAGCUCGCACGACUGUCACCAAGAAUUAAUGGGGUUUUCCGGAUACUUUCAAUGUGGUAGGGACAAGCAUGUUAAUCCUUUCCGCGUUUGGGGUAAGGGUGGCCAGCGCCAUUUCAGUGCUGGACGAAGUGGUGAACAUAUACAAAUCCGACGCUGACAUUAACUUGUUAGAGCUACAAGUUCGUGAAAUUAGCACGCGAUACAACCGUGCGUGCAGCGACAUUUCAAGCGCGCACUCAACAGUGCUGUUUGAGGCCUACAGCGGGCUAUUCAGGCGCAGUCCUGAAUGGGCGCGUUCAAAUGCACCCGAUCAGCUGGCGUGGCUGCAGCGCACCGCCCAGCUGCUCAACGAGUGCGCGCAGCUGCUCAACGAGUGCGCGCAGUGUGGCACCGUCACAGGGGCCGGCAGCGCGGCUGGGGCGCCGGAUGCGGCAGCGGACGCACCAGCGGAGCGCAUGGCAGAACGCACAGCGGCAGAUGCCGCUCGUGCUCGCGCUAGCUCCAUCCUGGCGGCCUUGUCCCUGCCCUGGAUUUUGCUCCUGGAGGCCGUCUGUGCGAUGGUGACCAGCCUGCGGCCCGUACCGGGGCACAUGCCGGGCGAAAUGACGCCGCGCACUGAGCGCCUGGCUACCGAGUUCCGGGCAUUGUCGGCGAGCAGCGUUGACCUCUUCACGGCCACGCUGGUGGGCAUCCUGAAUGCCAGCAGCCAAGAACAGCAGCGACUGCCCAUUGCCGCACAAGUGGCGGGGGCAGCAGGUGGCUUACCCCGCCGGCUGGCGGAUCAGCCCCGCCUGCAGAUGCACGUGUCGGCGGACCCCGCAGACUUUGGUGGACGGACCGUGCAGAUGUGGCUGAGCACUACAAUGCUGUACCAGCUGGCGGGUCCCGACGGCUUCGGCUGGCCCAACCUUACGGUACACGCCACCCAGGCGCUGAGCCCGGCACCGCCGGACGGUGACGCAAGGGUCUGGCCGAGGCAGCUAGGCUUUGUGAUAGGGUGGCUGGGGACCCGGCUGAAAGCUGCAGGUUCCUGCUUGCGGGAAACGUGCCAACGCGCAGAAACGCUGGAAGCAGCAGAGGCAGCGCUUCAUACCGCCCUGGCGUCAAAGGAGGUCCGGCGGCUGCAAGUGGCGCUGCUGGAACGACUCUUCGUGCACGGCGGCGGCGCGGGUGGCGGUGCUCGCGGCGCUGUUGGUGGCGGCAGCGGCAGUGGGGGUGCAGCGGUUGGCGAACGUGACAGCGGCAGUAGCACGACCAGUGGCAGUGGCAACCUGCAGCAGUCCUGGAUAGUGAACUGGGAGUUGGCAGAGGGCCGGGUUGUUUUGCCAGGGCUCGGCAGCGAAUCUGUGCCAAAAGACGGAAUGCCUGCUAACUGGUCACAGACUGAGCAGCAGCGAGAGCUGGAGAGCACACAUGCGACCUGGCUGGCUGCGAGCCUGGGUGUGUGGGGCCGCAUGUCCAACGGUGUCACACCAGGCGGCUGCGCACCGCCGCCGCUGGCACUGGUGCUGCCGCUGGCAGGCCGCGCGGUGGAGGCGCUGUGGCGGCUGAGCAGCUUGCACGGCAGCAGCAGAGCAGGCAGAGGAGCAGGUGGAGGGGCGGCAUCUGGCGGUGGCGGGCAAGGGCACCGCGGCCUGGGUCUGGGCGGUGCCACGUACGGUCCUGAGCCGCUGUUUGCAGCUGCCUACAGCGAGGACGUGGCUUGUGGCUUCUGCUUUCAGCCGUGGCUGGAUCAACUGGCCACGGGUGGCACAACACCGGGUGGUGGCAGUGCGGCAGGUGGUGGCGGCGCCUCGCCACAGUAUGAAGCGCUGCUGCCUGCAGCAGUGGAGGUGGCAGCCAAGUACCUUGCAUAUCAGGAGGCUGCGCUGAGGCACCACAUGGGGCGGUGCCUCACAUCGCGCCAGUGGGUGAACUUGAGGAAAUCACAGGGAGAGAGUGAGCGGGAUCCCGGGCCAGACACGGUCGCUGCUGCGGCCCACAACGACAGCCCACAAACAUCAGAGACCGGAAGCAGUGCAGCCGCUGGGCUGUCAGUGGCAGCAGCUGCAGGAUCAAGGCCGCCGGGUCUGGGACCAGGACCCGGGCCCGGUGGAGGCAGGGCAGCGUUGAGCAGGCAUGCAGACACGUGGGAGCCACUGCUGUCGGCCCUCUCAACAGUGUUGUAUGGCAUCAUGAGUAUGCGGUUGAACACAAGCAGUGGCAAGGGCAGCCUGGCAUACGGUGUGACCGCGGACUGCCGGGCCACGACUGCGGCAGCUGUGCGGCGGUCUGGGCUGCUGCUCACUCUCGACCGUCUGCUUCGUGGGAUCACCGCUGUUCAGCUGUUCGAGGCGUACGCUGGUGGUGUUGGUGGCAGCAGCGAUGCGGCAUCAGGAGCCUCUGGCGGUGGUGGGGGCAGCAGGCGUCAGCUCCGCAGCAAUCCUGCUAUCACGACUGCUGAAUUAUCUCUGCUCGGGCUUAUUGCCAAUGUCACGCAAGUCCUGGUGCUAGAAGCACCGCCUGCUGUGCCAGCGGCGGGCGGGGUGGCGGAGGCAGCAGUAGCAGCUUGGGCCGGGAGCGCGGGUGCGGCGGUACUGGCGUCGGAGGUGGCGGGGCAGCCGGCGCAAGACGGUCGGCAGUGGGACACUACAGCCACAUCCAUCACAGCAAUGGAGGCACACUCGGAGGAUCCCAAUGUGCGGGGCCACACUGCCGCUGCAGGUGCCAUGGGAGGCGCCGGCAGCAGCCGCACCAGCGGGUGCAGCAGCCGCAACAUGCAGGCACGGCUGGAGCUUGGGGCACUGCUCACCGGCGUUAAGCGGGCGUUGGCGCAUGUGCGCGGGCGGCUGGGCUGCUGCAGCCUAAGAAGCACGCCAGCAGCCGGACCUGCUGUGAAGUUGCCAUUUCUGACAGGCCUCCUGGCACACGCUGCCCGGUUGGGCCAGCCGCUUCAAGCUGCACUUGUGCGCCGCGGCUUUGCAGCGUGUCCAGCGUCACAGCGGCGGCAGGCGGCUCUGGCGGCGGAGGCGCAUGCGUACGUGCUGCGGGCGGCCUGCGAGGUCGGGUUGCGGCUCUUGCCCAUAACCCCAGAAGACAAGCCAGACCAGUGUCUGGUGACCUCAGCACUGGAGGCAUGGGCGCUGGCGGCUGCAGGGGCGCGGGAGGCACCGGGUCUGGGCGAUGCAGCAGGGGCGCCACAGAUGCCUGACGCGCAUCUGUUCGCAUGCCAGCCGCAUCAGUUGCUGGCGGCGGCGUGUGAGGCGCUGCCGCGGGUGCCGCGGAUGGAGAUUGAGGGCAAAGAGACGGCAUUCGCAGACAUGCGCUUUCGCCUGGUGGGCUGCGUGUUGCGCGUGCUGGCCGCGGCCGGCAGCCACCCGCAGCUCGCGCCGCACGUGAUGUCGUGGCUUGCCCCAGCGCCGCCCUUACAGCAGCAGCAACCGGCAGCGGCAGAGGUAACGGCAGCGGCAGCGCAACCGAUGACAGUGGCCCAGCAGACAGCUGCACCGCACGCGGCCCUGCGCGGCUGCCUGCGUGAGGCGCUGAGGGAGGCGCUGCCGGCGAUGCUGGCGGCUGAUGAUGAUCCGUGGCCCGGGCAGGAGGACGCCAACCGCGCGCAUGCAGCUGGCAUUGCUGCCUUGAUGGAGCUCGCGGGCUAUUGGGCGGCUCAGACGGACGCGGAGGCGGAGAUGCAGCCGGGGGCGGCUGCAGGGGCUGGUGGGGGCGCAGGAGGCAGCAGCAGCUGCAGCAGCGGCGGCUGGGCACGGCGUGCGUCGGCGGCCGCGUGGCGUCAGCACUUCCACGCCUUUGCCGCGGAGUUGCAGCAGCGGGUGAGGCUUCAGGUGUUCGAAGUGACGGAAAAGAGUGUGGAGGUAGCUGCGGCGGGUGCGGAGCUGCUGUUGAAGUUGCGCCUGCCCGUCAGCGGUGCGACCAUUGCGAGCACGUUGGGCGGGUAUGGGUCUAAAGGCGGGACCAGCGGUAAGAAGACGGCUACAGUGAAGCAGCGCCGGCAACAGAAGCAACAGCAACAACAGCAACAGGCAGCGGGAGGCGCAGGAGCAGGACAGGAGGCUGCAGGCGGCGUGGUGCUGCCACCGCCCCUUCCCGUGGACCCGGUGGGGACGGCGCUGUGGCAUCUGCGUGUGUGCGGCCACCCGGGCUGCCUGGAGUUUGGCGGCGAGGCGGAGGCGGCUCUGGACCUGCGGCUGUGCGGGCGGUGCCGCAGCGUGCGCUACUGCGGUGCGGCGUGCCAGGCGGCGCACUGGCGGGCGGGCCACAAGGACGUGUGUGGCCAGGUGGCGGCGGCGGUGGCAGCGGUGGCCGGGGUGUCCGACUAGCCAGGGAUGGCGCCAGCACGUGACAUGUGCAUCGCCUGUGAGGGUGGGGGUGUAUUUGGCUUACCUCCCUCGACUGGGCCCCGUAUGUAGGUCCUGCUUACAUCCAGGGCAUGAAACGUUUCAAUUCAUUCAAACAAACAUCGGACACAACCACACUGUGUUGCACUUAUACGUACUGUAUAUGUACCCGUAGUAUGUCCCAUUCUUGCCAUGGAACCUGUUGUGUGGGCACGCGUUGCUGUGUGUGCGUGUGUGUGUGCCUGGAGAAUUGAGCUGCUGCGACAUGCGGUAGUAGCAGUGCUGUUGGGACUAGGUGGACUGCGGCGACUGACAGACUGACGCACGCGUUGCUGCUUGCGGGCUGGGGCUGCUGCUACAGUUUAGGAAUGCACUCGUGCUACCGAAUGAAGUCGUGAGACAAGCUGACGCGGUGCGCUGGCUGACGUGGCAAUUGAGCAAAGCUAGCUUACAUGGGAUGUUGCAUGGCAAAGGGUGUAUCUUUGGUCAGGUCAGGUCAUUUGCCGCCCAUGCAGUAAUUAGGACAGGUUUGCACGUGAGCUGGGGCGAUUAUGGAUAUGGAUUGUUGAGUCCAUUCGGGCGCCGGCCUUGUGCCGGUCGAUGUCGUGGUGGCAAGGCGAGUCAUCCCCUCAUCCGUCUUGGAGGUAGCGGGCCUUUACGGCUGGUCGCAGAUAUUGUAGCAGUGUCGGUGCGGCGACUGGGGCGCAUGCCGCAGUUUGAAGGGCUGGUCUGCUUGGGGUGAGCUUUGGGCCACUGGGGCCUGCACGGGGGCGCGAAUGGUAUCACCAGGUCCCUUUGGUCAGCAGUGGCACGGUCGCUCAGCUUGAAAGCCUUAGUGCGGCAUCGUCGUGAAUGGCAGAAAUCGGGACAGCAAAGUACUUCGCAGCGUAUCGUUGGAUGUGGGUUGCCAUGGCACUUGGGUAUUUCACAGAAGCCCAAUUUGCGUGUUUGCUAAGUUAUCAUAAUUACUAUCUUCGUUGUCGUGAUAACUAAUCGAACUAGAUGCUGUAAUACAAUGACGCG